AUGCCAUACAUGAAAAAAAAUAUAAAUAUUCCUCUUAUUUCACAAUAUAAUAAUAUAAAUUAUAAUAAUGUAUCAAACAAAUUCACACUAAAGGUAUUACAUAAUGUAUUAGAUAGUUUAAAAAAACGUUCAUAUGAUGAAGAUCUUUAUAAUAUGUGGAAUCAUGUCUUGAAUGUAGCUAAAAAAGUAUUUGAUCAUAUAUUAAAAGAUUUAUGGCUUUAUAUAGAAGAUUAUAUACUUAAAUAUAAAUAUCAAUAUUAUCAUAUUUGCAUUCAAUAUAAUUAUAUCUGUUUAAAAUCUAUGUACAUUACAUAA